AAAUUAUCAAGGAAUAUCGUCAUCAGACCACCACAUCAACUUAAUGGAUCCAUCAUCUUCUUCACAAUCCAAGCCUUCUUCAACUUCAGCUUCAACAGCUCUCUCACUUCGAGUUUCAAAAAUAUUAGCUACCAGUAAUUUCGAAGAUCCAACUACCCGUUCAGCCCUAAAGAUUUUAAAUAGCUUUGGAAGAGAUCAAGAAACUACAAGUGAUGGAUCGAGCUUACCUACCGAUUUACACAAUUUAAAGAAAGGUGGCUUAAGAAGAGUAGUGGAAGAUCGUCUUCGUUUAAGGUCUAGAGAAUUUCUUGAUAUUUUCGCUGGACUUAACAAUAAACGAUUUCACAGGAGUUAAACGAUUUACAAGCCCACAUAGACCAUAUGCAUGAAUGUUGUGAUGAAACUCAAGAAAAGCUAAUAGCUGCUAAUCAAGGUACCAAGUAUCUUUUGGAGCAUGCUGAUGGCUUAAGGAAAGCGAGUCAAUCAACAGCAAAUAAAAAAUUACUUGCUACAGUCUUCUUGCAUCGGUUCACAUUGACUGAACCUGAAAUCCAAGCUUUAACCACACGUGAUGUGAAGGUGAAUCGACACUUAUUCUCAGCCAUGGACCAUUGUGAACGAAUCCGAUCAGACUGUGCUGCACUUCUGACAGGAGACUUGACCCCUGCCGAAACCGAAACAGCUGGACUUGAUAUCAUGCAAGCUAUUAGUAAAUAUCUUGAUAAGGGAUAUGAAAAAGUGAUGAAAUGGACUCUGUUUGAAUGUCGAGCUGGUCUAUCCAAGGGAGAAGAAGGACAAUUAGAAGUUAGCUCUCUGAUGAAAAAAGCUAUCCAGCGACUCAACUGUCGUCCUGAGCUACUAGAUGAAGCACUCUCGGUUCUGUCGGCCACUCGAUCAGCUGCUCUGUCGAGCUUGUUCCUCGAUGCCUUGACUCGAGGAGGUCCUAAUGGUUUACCCAGACCGAUUGAGCUCAAUGCACAUGAUCCAAUCAGAUAUGUUGGUGACAUGUUAGCAUGGGUACAUCAGACUAUGGCAAGCGAACAUGAAUUCUUAGAAAGCUUGUUCGAUUUGAAAUCAGAUGGAAGGCGAGUAGGUGAAUCAAGGAUCUUUUCACCAAAUGAGGAUCGUAAGAGGGUUAGAAAUUUACUGGAUAAGCAUAUGGAAGGGUGUGGAAGGCCUUUGAAGAUCAGAGUGUAUCAGACCAUCAAAAGUCAAGAGGGUAGUAUUGUAGCCUAUCAACUAGCAAGCUUAUUAGAUUUCUAUAAAGCUACCAUGACCAAUACCAUUGGACCUGAUGCCCUUCUGACCAAGACAUUAACCGAAAUCACAGAAGAUGCAUAUGAAAUCUUCUUUCAAAUCUUGGCUUCACUAUCAGCUCGACAUAUGCGAUUUAUUGAACAGCCACCCGUCGAUUUAUCUGUACCAUCUGCCUUGAAUGAGGCAAUGUCUAAUUUGAGAGAUAUAAUGUCAAUUUAUAAUGAUGGUUCACCUGAAGAAGCUGAUGCUAAGUCAUUUGAUCGAGUCUUGGAAUUGACGAUCGGUCCAGCAUUAGAGUUGAUCACCAAGAUGGCGGCUCUGAGAGUUUCAGAGUGGGAUCAAUCUAUUUUUUGGAUCAAUUGUUUGGAGUUUAUGAUUGCAACCCUUGGUCCUUUUGCAUUCACCCACGAUAAGAAAGAAGAGUUACAAGAACGACUGAAGAAUCAUUUAGAUCUUUUAACUCAAGAACACUUUGAUCAGCUCUUGAAAUCAUCCGGUUUACAACCUAUCAUCCAAGCAUUGGAGACCAAAGGAGAUACACCAUUAUCAAGAAUAGAAUCAAGUUCAUCAAAAGAAAUCACGAAAUCAGUUCAAGAAUUUAAUGAAUUCUUAAUGAAUUUAGAUACUUUAGUUUCAACUCGAUUAGUUUUACUUUCUUCAACUAAAAACUCAUCAAAAGUUCAUCAUGAUAGUUUAGGUUUGAUUAGUUUGGCUUAUGGACGGAUUUGGGAUUCGGUGAUGGAUCCAUUAAAUAAGUAUGAAUUUGCUUCUACUUUAUUGGUUAGAAGUAAAGAAGAAGUUCGAACUUUGAUUGGUUAGAUAGAUUAGGAACUUUUUUGACUUUUGAGGUGGAUUGCGAAAAGUAUGAAAGGGUUAUAUAUUUUUUUUGGUGGAGAUUGAUUGAUGGUUAUGGACUUUGGUUUGAUUUGACGUUUAGUGAAUGUGAUGAAGUCUGAUUGAGUUUCUAUAUAUUCGUUCUAGAAAUAUAGUUUUAGAGAGAGGGUUGGAAUUUAUAACAUUGGUUCAUGAAGGGAUACAAGUUGUUGUUGAUUAUAUACGAAUGCAAUGAUCACCUACUUGAGUCCUACU